AUGGCUACAGAUGACCUGCCUGCCCAAGCGCUCGAUCCUGACGCCAGAUUCAAUUGGGUGUUUCUCGUGGAACUCUUGGUUUGCGGACUAGUCGCUUUAUUCUUUCUUUUUUACUUUAACCGCGUUUUCUCCAAAGCUCUUUCACUCCUUAUUCGAUUAUGGCUACGGUGGAAAGGAUUGCCAAACUACGUCGAUAUUCAGUCACUUCAAAUUUCAUUACUGGCAGGAAGAAUAUUCUUUGGAAGAGUCACAUAUCACGGUGUUAACGAGACUAUAACGAUAGUAAGCGGGCAUAUUACCUGGCGAUACUGGUUACGGAGGGUCCGACACGCUUCUGUUGGCACCGCCGGUGAUGGACGAGAUGGCGGUAUCGAGGGGGCAGGCGGAGAGACGAGAAGUGAAGCUCUUCCUUGCAGAAUACUCGCAGAACUAAAGGGAGUUGAGUGGUUUAUUUACAAUCGGAGUCCAGCAUAUGAUUAUAUUAUUGAUCAGAUGGCGCCAAGCCAACAAAACGAAGAUGCUGCCAGUGAAGGAAGGAAAGAGACCGGUUACUCUGGGCACUCUGGGGCCGAUGAUUCCAAGGCAGAAACGAUCUCAGCAAGAAUGAAGAGUUCAAUAGGGUCAUUAAUGAGAGACCACGAAGGGUCAAUGGGGGAAAACUCAAAUGCCGCCACUAAUGCAGAAUCUGAUUCGGCAUAUCUCAGCAUGCUGCCAAUUAAGAUUCUUGUCAAUCGUGGUGCUGUGGUUAUGGGGAAUAAUAAUACACCUAGCGUACUAGUUGCCCAUUUUGAAAAAGCUGAAGCCAGUAUUGAUGCUACAAGGUCAGUUGCAUCGGUCGACAAAUACAAACAAGUAUUCAGUGUAGACUUCACCCAUCCUGUGGUUCAAUUUAAAACAAAUAUGGAAUACAAGGAACCUCUCGUAUCCCGCGGUGCUCGCCUUCUCUCCUCAGAAGAAGAGACGAGCCUUCACCAAAAGUCUCACCAACUACGCAACCGUCGUCAAAAGCUUAAAGAUCUCCUACCAAUUUUCUCGGAGUCUAUUGAAUCUCUAACACCCUCCGAUGUUACGAAUAAUGAUUUCCCUCUACAAUCACGAGUAGCAGGUCAAGAUAGGUGGGUUGGACUUAGGAUGUAUCUUGAUGAGGGCCAAGAUGAAGGUUGGAAGUUUGAGCCUGCAGAAUAUGCAAAAGUUUCAACAGUGUUGGAUUGUCCGAAGGGGAAAAUGAACUUUUUUUGGGACAUUCCAGGGACUGUUGGUCGGCCACGAUCAUCAAGUACCCAAACCAGUGGGGCAGCUGACUCGCCUGAUGAAGAUAUCAAUGGCUCUGAGCAUACGCCUCCAGAAUGGGGAAUUGAUUUGUCGUUUGAAGGGGGAACUAUUCAGUACGGACCUUGGACCGACCGGCAGCGCGUCCAUCUACAAAAUAUGUUUGCCCCUCGAAUCUACAAAACUGCUACUCCACGCAACAAGCUACAAGAGGGAGAGAGUAGAGUCGCAACUAAGUUCAAACUUUUUGUUGAACUCUCUAACUCCACUAUUCUUAGAAUCCCGGUCAGAGAAGAAAGCAAAGACUGGAAAUUUCGUCGCCGACUUAACGAUGGUGAGGUACGUCCUUUUGGAUGGUUGGAAAUCAAGGUUGCCGCCGAGUCUACGAUCUCGUAUGAAAUGUCCAUGGUUCCUUCGCCAACAGGCUGGAAGAACGGGUUGAAAUUGGAUUUAAAAAGCCCUGAGGUGCGAUCAUCGGUUAACCAUGGCCUUCUCUGGAAGGCAACCCAACAAGCCAUAGAUGCCGACCUUAGCGGUCCAUUGCAGUGGAAUGGAAAGCAUAAGUGGACUUUCGAUGUCCUUAGUCGGGGAAUUGAGAUAUUUAUUCUUAGAGAGCAUGUCACACUGAUAACAGACUUGGUAACAGACUGGGUAACGGGACCGCCAUCAGAAUACUGGAGUUUUACACCGUUUUUAUAUGACAUCAUACUCAGAUUUGAAGACCGAUUUGAGGUGUGCAUGAAUGUCAAUGACCAGAAUAUCAUCAACAACCCAAGUGAUAUUGAGGACAAUACACUCUUAGUUCUCCACGGAGAUGGCGGCUUGAAAGCUAAGGUUGGUCUGGAUAUGACACGCUUUAGGCCAGAUGAAAGCACCGUAAGCUUCGAUAUAUGGAUCGACGGUGAAGAAACCAACCUUCAGCUCGGUGCCAGACAGCCAGUAUGGAAUACAUGGCACUCAUUUUUGAGCCCAGAAACUGGAAUGAAGCUAGCGACAGUCAAAGAGAUUAUAGUAAAGGGGUCCUAUACCUAUUACACCACCGCUGGAUCAGGGUUAAUCGACACAUUAUUACUGGAUAUCUCAGGGAGCGGGCUAAAAUUAAAGCUGUUUGGGUUCCUGAUACGUUACUUCCUUGUGAUUAGGGAGAAUUACUUCGGCGAGAACUUGCAUUUUAAGACAUUGGAAGAGUGGCAGAAGCAGGGAGGAAGAAGCGGAGCUACAACGAUUGAAGGGAACAAUAAGAAGGCCAAUGAUCUAGAUGUCAUGUUGACUGUGGAGGCGAAGAACAGCUGUGUCAUCAUGCCAAAACAUCUUUAUGGGGGAACCGGGAAGAAUCUGAAGUUGAACUUUGCAUCGCUGGGGAUAGAUAUGAGAUUCACUAAUUAUUACAUGGAUCUUCAGGUCAACGUCAGUCCUAUAACAGCAUACAUUAGUUCCACGCCAGAUAAUCCACAAAUCUUCAUUGAUGGUCUCACUAUAUAUGGUCACCGUCUUUUUGGGCUCCCGCCAACCGAGCCAACAUAUGUUUGUAAUUGGGACCUCGAUAUUGGCGCUAUAACCGGAGAAUGCACUCCUGACUUUCUACCAACUGCUAUAUGCGCAUUGAAAGGUUUCAUUUUCAGCUUCGAAGAUAAAGAAAAUGCUCUUCCGGUACCCGAAUCUGAGGUCCUAGUUGUCCACGACGUAACAUUCGUCCGGGUCAGCUUAAAAUCUCUCAAACUCUGGCUCCGCGUAGACAGUCCUUCAGCUAUUCGAGUCACAAGUGGGGAGAUACUCUUUGUCCUUAACGAUCUUGCGGACGAGAAACAUUCUGAGCGUAUUUCAUUAUCAAUGCCAGAUUUGACCAUGUCAUGCGUUGAUGUUAAUUAUGGAAGCGGCGACUUGGUUCAAAACACGGAGACUAGCGGCCAUUUCGGCACGUCACUUAAGGUUACAGUAUUUGGACGAAAGAAAAAUUUCUCCAAGGAUAGAGCACUACAAAUGAAACAUGUUCGUGAAAGUGAUUUUAGGACAGGCAGAGCAAAGUUUUUAAUUAGAGAAGAUUUUGAGGAGGAUGGAAGUAGGGCAAGCAGCAUGUAUAAUGAAAAUCUGGAUGCUGAACCACCAAGUUUACCGCUGCCCGGCCUACCUAAGCCACUAUAUGGCGGGGAUGGUUAUCAUGGGUUUCUAGGGUCCUCCAAAGGCUCUGUUGCGUCCGGUCACACAGGAAGCACUAGUAUUAGAAGAAAGUGCUCUUUCCUCGCAGCCUCUAGUAUUUCAAGUGCAGUGCCAAGUAUACUGCGUGCUGCAAGCUCCCAUGCACCAUCAUUCCAUUCAGCAGUCGAGACAUUGUCAUCAGAAAUACCUAUAGCAGCCACCCUUGGAGAAAGCCUGAGAGUACCUCAGAGUCCAGCCUCGACAACGCCCGGAUCACAGUCACCGCGGCGGUCUAUGCGUGCCAGAAGUCGCCAAGAAAGUUCUGAUGGGCAAUCGUUUGCUGCUACGAAAUCAAGAUCAAAGGUUCUUCUAUCGAGUUCCUUCGCAAAACCACUUUUUCCGCUUGGUUCAGUCGAGCCAGACUUGAAGAAUGUCCCAUGGCUAGCAUCGGGCAUUGAAAGCGGACAUAGUGAAGAUGCGGAAGACUCAUUCACUCCCGAAAGUGUUUUUAUAGAUGAAAGUACCUCACAGACCAGUAUUAUCAUUGAUUUUGUAUCUGGAAUCAGGGGGUAUUGCACAGCAGUUGGAGUGAAGGCUGUGUUACAAUUGGUGGAAUGCAUGCAACCAAAAAGCCCCGAGGAUAUCCUCGAUUCUAUUCAGAUAAGUGUAGUCGAUAGACUUGUGAAACUUAUGACCAACAAGUCCCAGGACUCAGCGAUCACGGAGGUUUAUUUAAAAAUACCGCAAUUCAAAUUCUGCUUUACAAACCCCGUGCCCAAGACUCUGACCCACAACUACUAUAGUAUCGACGGCGAAAGGGCAGACGAAGAUACUUAUAACCUAGAGCUGAGUAACCUUUUAGUUUCUGCAAGAUCAAAAACGGUUUUCCCCCCUCAACGCAACAGUCAAGAAAAAUUAGGAGGGAAAGAAGUGUUCUCUUGUCAUAUACUCCUAGGAACGCUAGAAGUUAUAAUGAGCCAACGACAGGCUGGAUAUCAAGAUUCGCUUCUAAAGCCAGCCUUAUGUUUAUUGGUACAGGGCCUUCUAUUCUGGGCUUCUACGAAUGAGACAUCCACCGCUUCUCUCAGAGUGGAAACAAUCGCGUCAUCGCUCCAAAGUAAUCAGGCAAUGUUCCUUUACGACGCUGCAAUUCGGAUGGAAUCGCUCGUUGCAGAUUUACAACAGGCGUUUAAGGUCCUAUCGAAUAAUGAAAAGCAACGAGUACAGGCACUUGCCUAUUCUCUAGCAGUUGCAGGAGAAGAAUUUGGCAUUACUGGUGAUCCUUCGUCUCUCACACGACCAUCAUAUGUACUUCGCUCAGCGCUGGACCAUGUCCGUGUCAACGAUUCUUGGAAGGUCAUGUCUCGUAUGCGACAUAUCUACCAAUCUGUACCGGUUGCUCCUCGAGAAAAUUUGCAAAUCCGUUGUAUCUCCAAUUUGAACCAAUGUCCAGCAGAUGGAAGAAGACGGGUCGUUUCUGCAUUUGAGAGAUGGCGCAGCUGGGAAUUAGCAGAUCUGCAUAGCAGUUAUAUUGUCGAUGCCAUAUUCGGUCCUGAGGAUAAAAGUGAAGGCUCCAUAAGACCAUCUGGUCUCAUGGAAACUCAAAUAGGGAUAACCAGUUUGAAGAUGCUCGUUGACCCUGGUCCUAUGCAAUGUGAAUUUGUACUUGGUCAUAUUGCAGCAAAGACUUCUUUGGGGCACCCAGAAAUCUCGAACAGUUCUAUGGUAUCGACAGUUGGUGGACCAAACUUGUCUGUUUCAACUAUCGUGCAAGCCCAUUGCGGAAGCAUCCAAGUAGGCCUAACUUGGGAGAUUCUAGAAAUCUUCGAGGGACUUUCAAAAGCAUUCGCAAAAAGACAUUCGGGCUCGGAAACUUCGAAAGCAACCUCUGUCGCGUUCAUUGAGUCUAGAAAAAAACAAAGCUUUCACGUACUGUUGACCACAGAUACUGGAUCGCUUAUACUUGAUUCGAUUAAUCUGAAAAGCAUCAGCAUGGCUCAUAAUUUUCAGGCUUCACUUUUUAUUUCGAGCAAAAACUCAGACCUUCAAGAAGCUUUGCUAGGAAGCGUAUUAUUACGCUCUGAUCUAGUAACCUCUGAGUUAAAAUGUGGAAAUAAGACCCUCAGUAUGACAAAGCUGAGAAAUCCUAGUAUAUAUGGACAUUUCGACGAGCAUUGUUUGGCGGAUACAAAGUUCAACAUCUGGAAAGUCGCGGGGUCAUGUGAAGACCUAUCCUUCGAUAUUAGGGAGGAGGUUUUGGGUAUGAUGGAGGUCAUCGAUUUUGUGGUGAACGAUGAAGUCUCACGAAUCUGGCGGUUAGUGGAGGACUUGAAAGGAUCUUCACUAUCAGGGCCUCCUCCUCAACCAACAGCUCCCAAUUCACCGGCUUUUCCAUUUUUCCCCCGGCGCAAUGUACAUGUCCUUCAUUUGACAUUAUCUCUGGAGAACUUUACUAUUGAAGCAACCCUGCUACCUUCUUUGGCCUAUGUCAUGCGUGGGAAUGGGGUCAGGGGCUCUACCAGACCAAAACAUGCCACAGAAGAAAUCAUCCUAGAUUUCGACGUUCUUUACCACGAGCAUGAGAUUAGAACAGGUUACGAUAAAGCACAGACCAGGAGUAUCUCGGUUUUGCAGAUGCCAUCGAUCAAUGGAAGAGUCAGACACCAAGAUUCAGCGGAAGAACAAUUGAUAGAGGUCUUUAUCUCCGUGGAAACGAUUAAACUAGACGCAUCCUCUAUUCAAAGUUUACUUAACGCCCUUACCAAACCUGAAGUUGGGAACGUCAUCGAAAGUGCGAGGGUUGAAUGGAUGGGCACUCAGGCGAGAUUGGACGAAAUCUUUGAUAAGCCAGAUAAACCCCCUGUACCCUCCGUCAAAACAGGAACCCCUCUUGUAUACCGUGCUCAUGUAGGGGUCUCUGGGUUGACGAUUCAGAGUUCUGCUCCAUCAGCAACUCUAAAUAUUGACCUAGGCUGCAUUCGAGUCCAUGCUUCAAACAAACCUAAUGCCGACAUACUCUUACUUCCUGAGGUUCAUGUGGAGUUCCGAGAGAUCACAGUUGAGCUAACAAAGGUUACAACUGAUGGCUCACUUGAAACUUGUGGAUACGUAGAGCUACAUGCAUCUAUCUUAUGCUCUUCGACAGAAUCUGCUGGUGGAAAGAUCGUUCGCGCAUUUUACGUCACCAGCCACUCUCUCCAAAUAGACCUCUUUGCAGAGACUGCUUCCACAAUUGUCGAUGUUGCAGGCCAUCUUCAAGAUAAGUUGCGGGACUUGGAUCUGUCAAGAGAAGUCAAAUAUCUUCGAAAGCUCCGCAGCUCUAAACCGCUUGUCCCCAUUGAAUCAGUAGGAUCUGAAAAAGGCAGAAACUCUAUGCAGCUAUUCACCUCGGUCAUUUCAGUGGAAAUGAAAGGAAUCCAAAUCUCUUGGAUCACGGGCGCCUCAACUCAGAUCAUCUCACUGAACCACACGAGACAGAACCUAGUACUCUCUUUCAAGAGAAUCAACUUUGCAACUGCUACAAAGAAAGCAAAUGAAGCGCGUCUAACAAUCGAAGAGUUCUUGGUCCAGAUGGUUGACCAAGACAGCAAGGUAACCAGCCGUUCUGAGAACUCUGCAAUUAUGCCCGAGGUCAUCUUCAACGUCGCAUACUUUUUGAACGAUGCGGAUAGACGUCUUGCCUUCCAAGCUAAGGGAACCUCGUUGGACCUACGUCUUACUUCUUCAUGUGUUGUUGGGAUAAACCAGUUGGAAACUUCCAUUGCUACUGCGAGCGAAAAGUUUCGCGAUGCUUCAGCAACCUGGAAAUCAACACCCACAGAAAGUGGCGCGGAGAGAGAAAACAUGUUUGGUACAAAAAGGCUUAGAUCUGUCCUUGUGGACGCCGAUUUUGCUGGUGCCGUCGUCCAUAUUAGUAAAGCGUCAGAGUCAUCAGAGUUGGAAAAAUUGGCAUCCCGAGCAUCAUCACAAGGCCGUUAUGGGCAAUUCGCUCACGGGGAUUCAAAUGGUAUAACAAUACUCAAAUCCCCAGGUCUGGCUUUCAAGGCAGAAUAUGUUGCGCCGAUAGACGAAGACCCGUCACUCAACGCUGAAAUCAAGAUCAGCGCAUCAAGCAAUAUACUUUAUCCUUCAGUUGUACCCCUGAUCUUGGAGAUGUCCUCAAAUAUCAAAGAGGUUAUGCGGGAGCCCACCGAAACGAAACCAGAGGAAACCCCACACAUUAGCCCGGCAGAAUCCAAAGAAACUUCUCCUGGCCCAGCAGCUAUCCUUGGCAAGUGCCGACUCAAUAUCGGCUUGAGAAUUUGUAAACAAGAAUUCACGUUGAGCUGUCAGCCCAUCGCGCGUGUAGCCGCUUCUGCGGGCUAUGAUGAGAUCUAUGUUACUCUCAGUACUUGUGAGGAAGCUGUGGGUGGUCGAUUCUAUGCCUUAUCGGUCAUUGCUUCUGGGUUUGAAGCGUCAUUGAAGCACGUUUAUUCACGGGAUUCUACAGGUCAGUUGCAAGUUCGGGAAGUUGUUGCGUCUUUGAUGAACAGCAAACACCUGAACGGCUCCGAUGGCCUCUCAUGUAUCAUGAAGAUGAGCCCCAUCAAGUCGCAACUCAAUAUCAAGCAAUUCCAGGAUUUCCUGCUGUUCCGUGAGAUCUGGUUACCCGAAGAGAUACGUAAAGGCUCGCCGGCUCCGAUUAUCCGAUCACCUGAGCCCUCCCCGAUGUUGGUACAAAGAUACCACAGAGUUGCUGCUACAAAGGCCUUUCCAUGGAACACAACUGUGUCAAUUUCGGAAAUUGAUCUUCAACUCGAUCUGGGCCAGUCUCUUGGCAAGAAUUCCUUGCUAAUAUCAAACCUCUGGAUGGACUCACGAAAGAGCUCCGACUGGGAACAGACCAUGUCGCUUGGGUUUGAUGCCAUCAAAGUGACAUCUAUUGGACGCCUUAGCGGUUUUAUCCACCUCAAGAACAUGAAGGUCAGGACAUCGAUUCAUUGGCUAUCUGGUGCUGAUGAGGUCGUCCAAACUCCUCUUAUCCAAGCCUCUUUGGGCUUUGAGCAACUUCAAGUCAAGGCGUCUUUUGAUUACCAAGCCUUCCUAUUAGCCGACAUCACUAGCUUCCAUUUCUUGAUGUACAAUCUACAGAAAGCAGGCGGGAAAGCGGGUGACCAACUAGUAGGGGUUCUCGACGGAGACAUGAUCCAGAUCUACUGCACGACAUUAAGCGCGUCUCAAGGUCUCGCACUUUACCAGGCGUUCUUGAGACUUCGGCAGGAAAAGAUCGAUGCUUUCAAUAUCUCACUAAAGGACGUAGAAAGAUACCUCAACAGACGCUCUCAAUCCAAUUUCACAGCGUCAGAUCCUGCUCCCAUUCAGUUAAACCGAGAAAGCCCCCAGCCUCCAGCAUUCCUGUCGCUCUACACAGACGUGGUGGUGAUGUUGAAGGAAGUCAGCAUUGGCAUCUUCCCCAGCACUUUUUAUGACACACAGGUCUUCAAGCUUGACGCACUAAACGCUUCCGCCCAAUUUGGCGUUGGAAUGGAGGUUGAGAAACUCCAUAGUAAGCUAGAGAUGACGCUUGGCGAGUUGAGAAUAGCCCUGGCAACUAUCAAACGACCGGAGAUGGGCAGCUCCCUAGGCGAUGUGAGCGUGGAGGAUAUCGUGUACCAUGCUCGUGGUGCACGUGGCGGAACGAUUCUAAAAGUUCCUCAGGUGACGGCCUUUAUGCAUACAUGGCACAAGGCCGGCUCCAAUGAGAUUGAAUACAUCUUCAAGAGCGCCUUUAAGGGUAAAGUAGACGUAGGAUGGAAUUAUUCCAGAGUGAGCUUCAUCAAAGGCAUGUGGGCCAACCAUGUUAAGGAAAUGUCCCAGCGCCAGGGCAAGAUAAUCACCAACAGCCACAUUUCAAUCAGUACCAAUUCUCCACCUCCAUCCGAAGCCGCAGAAGACAAUGACAGUGCAGAAGGCGGUGAGCAGCGUAAGAUCACUGCGGUUGUCAAUGUUCCUCAGUCAAAAUACGAAUACACCGCGCUCGAACCACCCAUUAUCGAAACUCCGCAGUUACGAGACAUGGGUGAGGCCACACCGCCGUUGGAGUGGAUUGGGUUGCAUAGAGAUCGACUUCCGAAUUUGACGCAUCAGAUUGUAAUUGUUUCGUUAUUGGAGAUUGCCAGAGAGGUCGAGGAUGCUUAUUCCAAAAUCCUUGGCACUAGUUAA